CCUCCUCCUCCUCCUCCUCCUCCUCCUCCUCCCCGACUGUCCCCCUCGCCAGCGGGCAGGACGUCCCAAGGGGUGCCCAGGCCGCUUGCGAGGCGGCAUGGUGCUGCCGGGCGCCGGCGGCACGCUUGCGAACCAGAUGGCCGCGGGCGGCGCUGACCUCCCGGAGGAGGAGCCCCCGUCUCGCCCGUCCGUGGGCGGCGGCGCGGCCGGCGACGGCGACGUCGACGAGACGCUGCAGCUGAUGAUGGAGCUGGGCAGGGACGGAUCGCAGGACGCCGCGGCCGCGCCGCCUCCGCAGCCGCCGCAGCCGGCGGCGGACGCCGCCGUCGCGCUGGGCGCGGGCGCCAGGCCGCCGCUGGAUCCGCCAGCGGCCCCCGCGGCGGCGGCGCAGGCAGUGCCACCGGUUCCGAGCAGUCCUUCAGGUUCGUUGCCUCCUGGCGAGAUGGAGACGCAGGAGCCCGACGCGGCAGCUGUGGAGGCCAUGCUUGCAGCCCAGCGCGGGGAGCAGCGGGCGCCCCUGGAGGCAGCCACCGCCGCGGGCGGAGGCGGCGCCUCCGCCGGGGUGGGCGAGCUGCCCACGGCGGAGGCAGAGCCGCGCAAGGCCGGCGACGACGAGGACUCGGAGGAGGCCAAGCGGUGCGAGGAGCCGCAGCGCACGGGCGCGGAGCUGCUUGACGAAGCCCAGGAGGCAGGUGCCGCCGCGGGACGCGGGGCGCCGCCGACGGCCGAGGCCGAGCAGCCUCCCGGAGCACCCCCGGCGCCCAAGCGCCGCAGGCUGCCGGCAGCGUUCGUGGCCUGCGGCGCGGGCGCGGCCGCGGGCCCGGCGGAGCCCCUGGCGCUGCCCGCGGAGGAGGGCGCCGGUUUGGCAGCAGGGCUUGGUGCCUGGGAGGCGGCAGCCGCGCCCGACGGGCGCGAGGUGGAGCGCGACACGCCUGGUGCCGACGCUCCCGCGGCAAGCGCCGCGGAAGGGCCGCCGGCGGAGGAGGCGGCGCCCGCGCCCGGCGGCCCCGCGGCGCGGGCCGCCGCCCGGCGCCGCCGCGGGCGCCGCGGGCGGGCCGCCGCGGGCGAGGCGGCGUCGGACCCCCGGCCGCCGCCUGCGGCAGGGGGCGCCGAGCGGAGCGCGAAGCGUGGCAGCGCCCCGGACCUCGGGGUAGCCCAUAGGCUGGGCCUGCGCCCGCGCCCCGCGGCGCCGGCCGCGGCCCGCGCGCGCCGCGGGCCCGCGAGGCCGGCGCGCCCCGCGGGCGCCGCCGACGGGCUCGCGGCGCUGCGCGUGCGGCUGGGCGUCUGCGGCGGCCUCGGCGGGGUGCUGCUCGCCACGCAGGCCUACGGCCGGCGCGUAGGCGCCCCGCGGGAGGACGACCCUGAGGGCGCCUGCCACCCGGAGUACGCGUGGGUCUCGGGCGCCCGCGGCCCCUUCGCUGGCCUCGACAGCCGGGCCCUGGCCGUGGGGCCGCUGGGCGCCUGCUGCGGCUCCGCGGCGCUGGCCGUGCUCACCGCCGUGUGGUUUCCGGGCCGCGUCGCGUGGGUGGCGAUGAACUCGCAGCUGCACGAGGUGCUGGCCGGGCCCCUGGCCAUCCUGAUGGCGUUCCGCUUUCAGACGUCGCACAGUCGCUGGUGGAGCGCGCGCAACGAGGUGGAGCAGCUGGCCUCCGGCAUCAUCGACGUGGCUCUACUGGCCCCGAGCUGCGGGACCGACGCCGGGCUGCGCGGCGGCACGGCACAGGAGGAGGCGCUGGGCAACGAGACCCGCCUGCUGGGGUUGCUCGACGCUCUGUGCUACUUCGCCGAGGAGCAGCUGAUGCGCGGGCAGGGGCCUCAUGAAGCUAACGUGCCCCCUUCGUGGUCGCAUUGGUCGAAGCACCUGUCCAGCAUUGAUCUCGAUGAGUGCCCCCGCAUGGCCACUCGUAGCCCGGUCGCUGGGUAUCCCAACGGGCAGGCGGAAGUGAGGUGGUGCCUGAGCCGGAUCGUGGAGUGUGUGCAGGCGGGGCAGUCCUCGGGCGCGUUCACGCCCGAGAAGGCGUCCCAGUUGCACAGUCUGGUGCAGAACAUACUGGAUUCUCUCCGGCUGUGCGACAGCUUCGGAUGGCAGAGGGAACCUUCUUCGUACAUAGUGCACUUGCGGACGUUUUUGUACAUGUACUGCUUCACAUUCCCUUGGACGCUUGUGGGCAAGCUUCCACCCGCCGGCGUGCUACCCAUGCAGCUUGUCGUCAGCUACGCGCUAUUGGGCAUCGAGUUCUGUUCGCGGGAGAUGGAUUAUCCAUUCGGCGACGACGAGGGGGACGUGCCAGUUCGGCGGAUUCUGGCAGGAGUCCGGGAGGAGAUCUCCAGGAGCCAUAACAGCUUGUGCCAGUCCCAGCCGGCGGCCGGGCCAGCGCCCCCAGAGCAAGGGCACGUCGCAUACUUCCUGCAGCAGUUCGCCCUCUUCGCCACCUGCUUCCUCAUCCUGCAAGGAGCUGGUCGUGGUGUCCACCGGCUCGCUAUCUUCUUCACCUGUUGCCUCGUAUGUCAGGAGGCGCUUCGCGGUGCCUGAGCCUGUCCUCGCUGUCACAUCAGGAGUGCAGAGGGAGGACAGCCAGGUCGUUGUUUGACGGCCCCGAGGCCCAGCUGAGAGCCCACAGAGGCCAAACAUAGCGAACAAAGCCGCCGUCGUGGUCUUUCCAUGGCUCGAGGGGGUCUGGGGGUGGGAGGGCGGGGUCACCCGCAGCGGCCUGCGGGCAGGUCUUUCUCCUCCCUAGUUCUCUCCUUCAUCUCUCCGUUCUCACUUCCAUCUUUCUUCCCGCUCUCAUCCUUCCUUGGGCCGUGGCGCUUCCUCAUGCGUGCGUGAUUGUUUUUUGCGGUAGUUGGGAUCAUCAGCAGCAGCCUAACAGACCGUGUUUCACCGAUUCAUCAGCAAAGUUUUGAUCAAGCUUCCGCGGCGGCAGCGUCUUGGCGCUCCUCAAUUGCAGGCUCGUUCCUGCGGAGUGUGGUUGGCCUCGCCCGUGAUCGUUUUGCGUGCCGUUUGGCAAGUCCGAAAUUUCUAUCACGUGGCAGUCUUGCGACAUCACCCAGAUCCAGCGGGAUACCAACAUCGCUGUGCAACGUCAACUAUGGAGUGAACCCUGCGGUCGUGGGAUGGCUUCUGGCUUGUGGUUUCCGUCUUCUCUUCUCCAGGGCAGGCUCGUUCUGGAAUCUCUGCUCCCCCUUGUGCGCGCCGCCAACAGAUCAUGCGCAUCUGUUGCUGCCCGGCGACGCCGUCGCCGAGAAGGCCACGGGCAUAUGGCAGAGCGUGGCGUCGCUCGGACGAA